GCAGCCAUUUUAAUUCAUAUCUGAGUGGGCGGUGGCGGUUCUUGUUGGCGGUCUGGCUCCGCAGGGCAGGGGGCAAUUUUAGUUGUUUGGGGGUGGUUUUUAGUUUAAUUUUUCUUUUGUAGCUUGGCAUCGCGGGCCAGUUCGCACGUUCUAGUCGUCUGAGGCCAUGUCAGGAGACGGAGCCACGGAGCAGGCAGCUGAGUAUGUCCCAGAGAAAGUGAAGAAAGCCGAAAAGAAAUUAGAAGAGAAUCCCUAUGACCUUGACGCUUGGAGCAUUCUCAUUCGAGAGGCACAGAAUCAACCUAUAGACAAAGCACGGAAGACUUAUGAACGCCUUGUUGCCCAGUUCCCCAGUUCUGGCAGAUUCUGGAAACUGUACAUUGAAGCAGAGAUUAAAGCUAAAAAUUAUGACAAGGUCGAAAAGCUAUUUCAGAGAUGCCUUAUGAAGGUUUUGCACAUUGACUUAUGGAAGUGUUAUCUUUCAUAUGUCCGAGAAACCAAGGGUAAACUACCAAGUUACAAAGAAAAAAUGGCUCAAGCAUAUGACUUUGCACUGGAUAAAAUUGGAAUGGAAAUUAUGUCUUAUCAGAUUUGGGUGGAUUACAUCAAUUUCUUAAAAGGCGUGGAAGCUGUUGGAUCUUAUGCAGAAAAUCAGAGAAUAACAGCUGUUCGAAGAGUUUAUCAACGAGGUUGUGUUAAUCCCAUGAUCAACAUUGAACAACUGUGGAGAGACUAUAACAAGUAUGAAGAGGGUAUCAAUAUUCAUUUAGCUAAAAAAAUGAUUGAAGAUCGGAGUAGGGAUUACAUGAAUGCUAGGCGGGUAGCAAAGGAAUAUGAGACAGUAAUGAAAGGUUUGGACCGCAAUGCUCCCUCAGUGCCUCCUCAGAAUACUCCUCAAGAAGCUCAGCAGGUAGAUAUGUGGAAGAAAUACAUACAGUGGGAAAAGAGCAACCCUCUUCGUACAGAAGAUCAGACUCUUAUAACUAAAAGAGUUAUGUUUGCUUAUGAACAGUGCCUGCUUGUGCUGGGCCAUCACCCUGAUAUUUGGUAUGAAGCUGCCCAGUAUCUUGAGCAGUCAAGUAAACUGUUAGCAGAGAAAGGGGAUAUGAAUAAUGCCAAAUUAUUUAGUGAUGAAGCUGCUAAUAUAUAUGAAAGAGCCAUAAGCACUUUAUUAAAGAAGAAUAUGCUUCUUUAUUUUGCAUAUGCAGAUUAUGAAGAGAGUCGCAUGAAGUAUGAGAAAGUUCACAGUAUAUAUAACAGACUUCUGGCAAUUGAGGAUAUUGACCCCACCUUGGUAUAUAUCCAAUAUAUGAAAUUUGCAAGAAGAGCAGAAGGUAUUAAAUCUGGAAGAAUGAUAUUUAAAAAAGCAAGAGAAGAUACCAGAACCCGCCACCAUGUCUAUGUUACUGCAGCACUCAUGGAGUAUUAUUGUAGUAAGGACAAAUCUGUUGCCUUUAAGAUUUUUGAGCUGGGGCUAAAGAAAUAUGGAGACAUUCCAGAAUAUGUCCUGGCCUAUAUUGACUAUCUUUCUCACCUCAAUGAGGACAAUAAUACUCGAGUUUUGUUUGAACGAGUUUUAACAUCUGGAAGUCUUCCACCUGAGAAGUCUGGAGAAAUCUGGGCCCGAUUUUUAGCUUUUGAAAGUAAUAUUGGUGAUCUAGCUAGUAUACUCAAAGUGGAGAAAAGACGGUUUACAGCAUUCAAAGAAGAGUAUGAAGGCAAAGAAACAGCUUUACUGGUAGAUAGAUACAAGUUCAUGGAUUUAUAUCCUUGCUCUGCAAGUGAACUAAAAGCGCUUGGGUAUAAGGAUGUCUCCCGUGCUAAGCUAGCAGCUAUAAUUCCAGACCCAGUUGUAGCUCCUUCUAUAGUGCCUGUUCUGAAAGAUGAAGUGGAUAGAAAACCAGAAUACCCUAAACCAGACACUCAGCAGAUGAUUCCAUUUCAGCCACGACAUUUAGCACCUCCGGGCUUACACCCUGUCCCUGGUGGAGUGUUCCCAGUACCACCUGCAGCAGUUGUUUUAAUGAAACUUCUCCCUCCUCCUAUUUGUUUCCAGGGUCCUUUUGUACAAGUGGAUGAACUGAUGGAAAUUUUCCGAAGAUGCAAGAUACCAAAUACAGUUGAAGAAGCUGUGAGGAUCAUUACUGGAGGAGCCCCAGAGCUAGCUGUAGAAGGCAAUGGCCCGGUGGAAAGUAAUGCAGUACUCACCAAGGCUGUCAAAAGGCCCAACGAAGAUUCAGACGAAGAUGAGGAAAAGGGAGCUGUCGUUCCCCCUGUUCAUGACAUUUACAGAGCAAGGCAGCAGAAGCGAAUUCGGUGAAGCAGGCACAGAACCUGCCUCAGAAAGAAAACUCCUAUCCAGGAUUCCUUUUGCCUCUUAAGUCAUAUGUUUAAAAGAGACAAUGCUUUGUUACAAAGUUCUUGGAAACAAAGUUGUAUUGUCAUUGGUGCCUCUAUUCAUAUGCUUCUUGAGAAAAACCAACCAACCUAUGUGAAUUUUAGGAUUUGGAACAGACCUAUGCUCUAAGAAAAAUUAAGUUUUCAAAAAUGUGAGAAGAGUACAAAGUGGCAGAACCACAUUUUGUUCCCGCUUCAAGGGUGUCUUGUAUGUACCACUUGAAGACUUGUGGGUUUUCAACAGUUUUAUUUUAAAAACUGGAUGGUUUAUGAUUGUAAAGCAUUUUAUCACAUUUUCUGAAAACAACAGCUGUUCUUGGUUUGCUUAUGUAGAGUCCUGCCUUAUUGUUUGUUUUAUUUAUGGCAGAAUGUACGGAAUCGGUUUUGUAGUUUAAAAUUUUAAAAAACAAUCCUUUAGAAAAUAAAAGGAUCUCAAAAAGUCA